AUGUUCUAUGAGAUUCGUUUGUUUUUAAAAGUAAUUUUUGAACAAGUUAGCGAGGCUGAUAGGAAUUUAAAAAUUAUAAUAUGAUUAAGAAUAUAAUAAAUGGCUCAUUAUGCAUAACGUACUGUCGGACUUGUGUUUUAUUGAGGACUUUUGCAAAGAGCACAGAUACGAUAGGAAUUGCGUCGCUUGGGAAGAGUAAGAAGAAACUAGGCAAAAUAGGUCCUAUGGUCGAGAAGAAGGUGCUGCCUGUAGAGACAGAUCCACACAAAUUGGCCAACUUCGUGUGUGGUAGUAACUUGAUGAAGGAAGGCUGUGACAUUCCCAUCAAACCAGACUCUGAGUACCCAGAUUGGCUGUGGAGCUUGAACACAGGCAAGCCACUCCCACUGGAGGAGCUGGAACCUGACUCAAAGCUGUACUGGAGAAGAUUGCGUAAGAUGGCGCUCAGGAAUAACAGCGCAAAGAAGAAAUUGAAACCCUUUUGAAGGUGUUGAUUCUGCAUAUUUUAGUUUCUGUUUUGUAAUUUUUUUUUUGUGUAUAAAUGACAUUACUUAAUAAAGAUCUGUCAGACCAUA